UCUGGCUUCCAAGAAUAUUUAAGAUAAUCAGUGUCUAGUCUUCCAAACUUUUUACAAUCAAAUUGAGGUUCUAAGAAGGGGCAAGUUGAAGAGUCAUAGAGAAGAGGAUUUGAAGAGUUAUCAAACACCCAACUUCCAGAGAAUAGAUUACAAUUAAUUGGAUUUAUGUGCUUUAUUAGCGGGAUCUCUGUUGGAGCAUGGUUUUUUGAAGCUCUAUUGGUCAAGAAGGAAGUAGAUUUAAUUGAGAAUAGAAAUGCAAGUUGUUGUUCUGGGUGUUGUCUCAACAAUUUAGAAAGCAUGAAUUUUUUGGAAGUGUACUUCCAAAACCCUCAAAAAUGGGAGUUUUCGGAAAUGCAUUUUCGAAAACACCGCCAUGUGAUAUUUUCGGAAGUGUAUUUUCGAAAUUUGAAAAAAAUUUUAAAAAAAAUUAUUUCAAAAAUGUAUUUCCAAAAUAGAGAUAGUUUUGGGUUUUUAGCCGGAAGUUCUCUCCAUAGGGGUCUAACAAAAAUUCUCUAAAUUAAUGUACUCGGAGGUCAAUGAAAAAAGUGGGUGAAGGUAACCCCUGCGUGUAGUCUAUCAGUGUAGCCUUUUCUAAACAAUGAUAAAAAACAAACCUUUGUGUAUUCAAACGUAAGAAUCAAUUUUCAAACAAGCCAAGUGAAAACAGAAACAACCUUAACACUCACAAAAACACAUUCUGUCAAGAGCUUUUCCAAUCCAUCUCAUGCCAAUAACCCUUCCAAGACUCAAAUGUAUUUCACUCUUAAAUUCUUUACCCAAACAAACCUCAAUAAAAAACAACAACAACAACAUUAAACAAAUCCACGCCCAACUAAUCACCAACAACCUCAAUUCCCCCAAACUCUUGUCCCAAUUAAUCAACCUUUACUCUUCCACUUCUACAAACCCUAACUUCCUCAAUUCCAUCUUUUACUACUUACAUACCCCACAUUUGUUACUCUUCAACACUCUCAUUAAAUGCACCCCUCUUAACCACUCUAUUCACUUUUUCAAAACAAACUUCUCUAAACAACUGUUUCAUUUCGAUCACCACACUUUCAAUUUCAUCUUUGGAGCUUGUGCUCGUUCCCCUUCAUAUCCAACGUUAAUAUUAGGAACAGAACUACACUCCUUAAUUAUAAAACAAGGUUUUGAAACUUCCAAUGUUUUUGUUCCAACUACGUUAAUUCAUUUUUAUGCUAAUAAUGGAGAUGUUAAGUCAGCACGUAAGGUGUUUGAUGAAAUGUCUGAGAGAACUGUUGUCACGUGGAAUGCUAUGAUUGCUGGUUAUUGUUCGGUAAAAGAUGGAAAUCAGAAAAAUGCUGUGGAUGGGCUGUGUUUGUUUAAGGAAAUGUUGAGUGAUGUUAGACCAAAUGAUACUACCGUGGUUUGUUUGCUUUCUGCGGCUUCUCAGUUAGGUAUGAUGGAAAUUGGUGUUUGCUUACACGGGUUUGCGGUGAAGAUGUUGUGUAAGGUUGAAGAUGAUGUGUUUAUAGGGACGGGACUAGUGGAUAUGUACUCGAAAUGCGGGUGUCUUGAGAGUGCUUUGUAUGUUUUCUGGCGGAUGAAAUUCAGGAAUGUUUUGACUUGGACUGCCAUGACUACUGGGCUAGCUAUUCACGGGAGAGGGGAAGAGGCGUUGGAGAUUUUGUAUAAGAUGGGAGGUGAUGGUGUGAGGCCGAAUGAAACGACUUUUACGAGUUUGUUGUCGGCUUGUUGUCAUGCUGGGCUUGUUGAAGAAGGGCUUCGGUUGUUUCGUGAUAUGGAACGGAAAUUUGGUGUGGUGCCUCAGAUACAACAUUAUGGCUGUGUUGUUGAUCUUCUUGGAAGGAAUGGAAACUUAAACGAGGCUUAUGAUUUUAUUGUGGCAAUGCCGAUUAGUCCGGACACUGUGAUUUGGAGGAGCUUGCUCAGUGCUUGUAAGAUUCAUGGGGAUGUUGUAAUGGGAGAGAAGGUGGGGAGGUUUCUUCUAAAGUUUAAAGAGAAGAGUUAUGAGGAGUUUGCUCAUAAGAGUGAAGAUUAUGUUGCUUUGUCAAAUGUCUAUGCUUCAGUAGAAAGAUGGAAUGAUGUUGAAGUUGUAAGGAAGAAAAUGAAGACUAAGGGUGUUUUUAAUAAAUCCGGUCUUAGCUCAGUUCAAACUUUGAGCAAUGAUACAUUGUAAUUAACAAUUGAUAUUGGAUUAUUAUUUUAUGAAAGAAAAGUAUGUUAGCAAGACGAUAAUUUUGAAUAAACGGUUAUAUCCGCUAUUCGCGAUUUAUUGUUGGACCGUGCCAUACACUUCUUCAGCGGCGUGUUGCUGCUAUGAGCAAAGAUAGACUCAUAGACACUUCAAAAUGCUCUCAGUUGCAUUUUAUAUACUUCAUGUUUUGAACUUUUACAGUUAUAAAGAUACGAGACUACCACAAUAACUAGAUAAGCAAUUGUAUUUUUUUUGUUUUGUUUGCAAUGACCUGUGUUCAACUUUUAAAAUAUUGUGUCU